UAACGUGUCACUAAGCAUGAUCAAGUGCUGUUGAUGCCACUGAGCCUGCUGUCCCCGGCAGGGUCGGUGCUAACUUACUCCUGCCUCUGGUGUCUGUGGCUGCCUUGUUUUCUGGCUGAAUGUGCAAUCCAGCACAUUAUCCCUAGUGAAAAAGGCAGCAGAGAGAUGCAGCAGGGAGUGGCAGAGCGUGGGAGGGCUGGGCUUGCCCCAUUUGGCUGCAGCCUGGAUUAGAACAACAUAAACAAUAUAAAAUCGUACCUCACAUUUUUUGGGACUGCAGAGGGAUUAACCUCGUGGAGUAGCCUCUCUCCAGCGCGACACUGUGUUUCCAGUGUGAUUCAAAUGGAGGGACAUCAGGUAUGUCUGUUUGUAGCCUCCUGCCCCAUGUGCCCAUUGCCCUUUGAAGAGUUGAGGUCUUUGAGGAGAGUGGCAGAGCUGGGGGUGAGGGAGCCAGCCUGGGAGAGCAGGGAGCUGCGAGCCAGGUAUGAGAGAGCUGCUUCUGUGCCUUUCGGUUACAAACCUGGCAGGAAUGUAGCCAGGGAGGGCGUGAGCUCAGUGGAUAGGAGGCAGGAAGAGCAGUCGGUCCCUUCCGUCUCCAUCUGCCUCUCCCAGCUUGGCCUUGGCCUUCCCCCACCCCUCUGAUUAUUCAUUAACUGCAGUCCAGGAAGCACUUUGCAAAUAGUGACAAUUAAGCCCUCUGCUUGAGGCCUGAGGUUUGCCUGACCUGGAGCUACCUUCUUCUCAGUCCGCCUAGGAACAGGCGGAGUUCAGGACUCUGCCCGUGCGGAUCAGUAGGACCCCGUGGGUUGAGGGUUGUGGUGCUUCCUCCACCAGCUCCUGUCAGUCCUCCAUCAGUGGGGAUCUGAGAGACGAGACCCUGAUGCCAUCCCGUGGGUGGUUUCACCGUGACCUGAGUGGGCUAGAAGCUGAAGCCUUACUGAAGGGACGGGGUGUCCAUGGGAGCUUUCUGGCCAGACCCAGUCGGAAGAAUCAGGGUGAUUUUUCUCUUUCAGUCCGGGUUGGUGAUCAGGUUACCCACAUCCGCAUCCAGAAUACUGGGGAUUUCUAUGACCUGUAUGGAGGGGAGAAAUUCGCUACCUUGUCCGAACUGGUGGAGUAUUACACACAGCAACAGGGCUCGCUGCAGGACAAGGAUGGAACCGUCAUCGACUUGCGAUACCCGCUCAACUGUUCCGACCCCACGACAGAAAGGUGGUACCAUGGGCAUCUGUCAGGUCCUGCAGCUGAGUCACUUCUCCAGGCCAAAGCCAUCCCUUGGACAUUCUUGGUGCGGGAGAGCCUCAGCAAACCCGGGGAUUUUGUCUUGUCUGUCCUCACUGACCAGCCUAAACCUGGGUCUGACGCUCCACCGGCUGGGGCUACCAGUGCCUCUGGGGCCCGGCUCAAAGUCACGCACAUCAAGAUCAUGUGCGAGAAUGGACGCUACACAGUUGGAGGUGCUGAAAUGUUUGACAGCUUGGCAGAUCUGGUCGAGCACUUCAAGAAGAUUGGAAUUGAAGAGAUGUCUGGCACCUUUGUAUACCUGAAGCAGCCCUACUAUGCUACAAGGGUGAAUGCUGCUGACAUUGAGAAUAGAGUGCAGGAACUGAACAAGAAGAGUCUAUCUGAGGAGACAUCCAAGGCUGGAUUCUGGGAGGAAUUUGAUAGUUUGCAAAAACAGGAAGCCAAGCACCUGUUUGACCGUCAUGAGGGUCAGAGACCUGAAAACAAGAGCAAGAACCGAUACAAGAACAUCUUACCCUUUGAUCACUCCAGAGUCAUCCUCAAAGGAAGGGACCCAAAUAUACCUGGAUCGGACUAUAUCAAUGCCAACUAUGUCAAGAACACCAUGAUCAGCCCAGAUGAGUGCACCAAGACCUACAUCGCAAGCCAGGGCUGCCUGGAAGCCACAGUCAAUGACUUCUGGCAAAUGGUGUGGCAGGAGAACACGCGCAUCAUCGUGAUGACGACGCGGGAGGUAGAAAAAGGGCGGAACAAAUGUGUGCCUUACUGGCCAGAGCUGGGCAGCACAAAGGAGUAUGGUCCCUACCUUGUGGAGAAUGCUGCAGAGCACGAUGCGUUGGAAUACAAACUGCGGCAGCUCUGUCUGUGUCCAAAGGAUAACGGUAAGGCUGUGCGUGAGAUCUGGCACUACCAGUACCUGAGCUGGCCUGACCACGGUGUACCCAGUGAGCCAGGAGGAGUCCUCAGCUUUCUCGACCAGAUAAACCAGAAGCAAGAGAGCAUCCCAGGUGCAGGGCCUAUUCUGGUGCAUUGCAGUGCUGGGAUUGGCCGCACUGGGACUAUCAUCGUCAUUGAUAUGAUAGUGGAAACAAUCUCCACCAAGGGGCUGGACUGUGACAUUGACAUCCAGAAGACCAUCCAGAUGGUGAGGGCCCAGCGAUCUGGGAUGGUGCAGACAGAGGCCCAGUACAAGUUCAUCUACAUGGCCAUCUGCCAGUUCAUAGAGGCAACCAAGAAAAAGCUGGAAAUUAUCCAGUCUCAGAAAGGCAAGCCAAACGAGUGUGAGUAUGGGAACAUCUCCUACCCCCCUGCAGUGAGGAAUGCACAUGCCAAGGUUUCACGAAAACCCUCCAAGCAGAAAGAGGAAUCAACGAUUUAUGAGAACUUGGGGAAAAAGGAGGAGAAGGUGCGAAAACAGCGCUCCUCAGAGAAGAAGCUGAAAGGCUCACUAAAGAAAAAAUAAUCAUAAUUUCAGGUAGCCCCAUGGCGGUUUUGAACCUGGACUGGACUGGAGCUCACAUCCUGACAGGCCUGUUUCACAUUCCUUGCUCUGGGACUGGAACUAGGCCUUCCCCUUCUCUUCCCUGCCAGCUUUCAGUGCCCUGAACCAGACUGCUUUCCAGCUCAGCUGACUGACUUUACGGUCCCUUGCCUGUGCGGGCGAGCAAAGUCUCUCACUGCCCCCUCGUCAUUCAUUAGCAGGAAAAAAACAAUCAGGCCCUUUCUUUCCUUUGUUCCCUGAGCACUGAGGCCCAAACUCACCUCUGCUGUGUCAGCUUCUUGAGGAACAGCUAAGGAAGGUCAUCACAGGAGCUGCCUCCCUGCCCACUGCUGGGAGUUAGUUUAGCUUGUUAGUGUUCCCUGAAGCCUCAGCUUUUAAAGUAUGGAGGUUUUGGCCUGUUUCAGCUCAGCUCCUCUGCAAUUCAAAGGAAGCUUCCUCUUUCCUUAAUACCAACCCUCUGCCCUACAAUCCUCCUACUCUGAUCCUUCAAAUGGGUGCUGUAAAUAUACCAGAAUUGGAUGUGAUGGUCACGUUUUCUUGUUGGUUUGUAAAUAAACUUGUAUUUGUUUGA